CUAUAGCAUAUAUUACUUAAAUAUCCUCCCAUCCUAAUACUUAAUAUCGCCAAUCUUAUAAUCAACCAAUUUAAAUUAAUACACAGCACCGCCACGUAGUACAGUAAUAGAAUAUUCCAAUACAUAAAUUCAAGAUGCGCCUUCAACAAAUCCUCACCUCCCUCAUCAUGCCCGUCACAACCGUGAGCCUUCCGACAAGCCCAGCCAGCUCGCACAUCAGCUCGCCUUCAUCGCCAGCACCGCGCGGCGCUUCGCAAACCUGUGGGCUCUAUAAAUAUGCCGAGGCCCCUAUAAACCCACCGGCGUGCUGGGCGUGGUACGCACAAACCUCACAACCAUCCGACUAUUGCGGCGCCAGCACUUUCCAGUCCGUCGCCUCUGCCUCGUCACCAUCGGCAUCCUGGCUCGACUCGUGCGCCUCCCUACGUAACGCCCAGCUCACCUCACCAAGGGACUUUUUCCUGGCGGACUAUGCUACCGACAAGUUCAAUACGCUCCUCGUGUCGGGCGACUGCAGCUUCCAAGUCCAGCCUGCGACACCGCCGUCUAGUGACCAGGUCUAUGUUGGUGGCACUGACGUUGCCGAUGUCCUCCGGUCUGCCAUAGCCACCAGUCAAAACAUGGGUGGAAGUAUUGGCAUCGAGGGUAGUAUGACCUGCUCGCCUGGUAUCGUACGCUGGAGGAUGGUACCUCUGUAAACAAUUAACUAAACUCACCGACUAAGUGAUGAAGACACCGUGGGCUUCAUUUGGUCCACCCUAGCCAACCUCAAGUUCGAAAGUGUCAAAAAGAGCACUGGAGCUCGGUAGUUCUCAGUUUAGAAUAAUUUCUUCGCGGAGCGACGUUGACAAAUUCAGCCUCAAUC